GGAUUCGUCCGGGAAGAUUGAACCAGAUUUCAUAAUCGAGGACAAGUCCGAAGCAUUGUAAUUGUAGGCGGGGCUCAACAGCCUCCGGGCCGGUCUGGGUCAAGCAAAGGGGUAGAGAAAAAGUAAAAGCCAACCAUGAGAGAGAAAGCUGAAGUCGGCGGCGGCAAUCUCUCUCACCUAUUCGUCUAGUCGUCGCAUCCAACCACUCUCGUUAAUUAUUCGUUCUGCGAUUCGAUCGACGGAAAUUCCAACUCGCCUCAGUUCUGUACUCGCUGCACUUAUCUUUACGUUUCUGGUUAUUUGGAGGCGAACACGGCCGGGGUGGACGGGUCUGGUUGUUGAUGUCCUAGCGUUUGACAGUGACCACCGACUAAUUUGGGGUUUAUCUUUUGGCUUUAUCGUAGAUGGAUUUGGUAUCCACUUGCAAGGAUAAACUUGCAUAUUUUAGAAUAAAGGAGCUCAAGGAUGUUCUCACUCAACUGGGUCUUUCAAAGCAGGGAAAGAAGCAGGACCUUGUAGAUCGGAUAUUAGCUAAUCUCUCAAGUGAACAAGUGUCUGGUGUCUGGGCAAAGAAAAAUGCUGGGAAGCAAGAAGUAGCAAAACUAGUAGAUGACAUUUAUAGGAAAAUGCAGGUUUCUGGGGCUACUGAUUUAGCAUCUAAAGGACAAUGUGUAAAAGACAUCAGUAAUGUGAGGCCCAAGGAGGAAAUUGAAGAUUCUUAUCAAAUGGAUAAAAUUUGUUGUCCAUGUGGAAGUUCAUCACAAACAGAGUCAAUGAUUAAGUGUGUUGAUCCAGAGUGCCAUGCGUGGCAGCAUAGGGGUUGUGUUGUUAUUUCUGAGAAGCCUGAGGAGGGUAUUACUCCUGCUGUUCCCGAGGUUUUUUAUUGUGAGCUUUGCCGACUCAAGCGGGCAGAUCCCUUUUGGGUGACAAUGGCACUUCCUUUACAUCCUGUCAAGUUAACUAUGUCACCUGUUCCAACAGAUGGCACAAACCCAGUGCAAGGUGUUGAAGAAACAUUUCAACUUACAAGGGCAGACAAGGAUUUGUUAUUGAAACAAGGGUACAAUGUUCAGGCUUGGUGUAUGCUUCUUAAUGACAAGGUUCCCUUUAGGAUGCAUUGGCCACCAUAUGCAGAACUGAAGAUCAAUGGUGUACCACAGCGGCCAAUUAAUAGACCCGGCACACAAUUGCUGGGGCUCAAUGGUCGUGAUGAUGGGUUUCUUAUCAAAACAUGGACAAGAGAUGGAAUUAAUAAAAUUUCAUUAACCGGAUGUGAUUCUCGAAUUUUCUGUUUCGGGGUCAGAAUCGUGAAGCGGCGUACCAUCCAGCAGAUUCUGAACUUGAUACCAAAGGAGUCUGAUGGUGAGCCAUUUGAAGAUGCUCUUGCCCGGGUUCGCCGUUGCACUGGUGGUGGAACUGCAAUGGAGAAUGAAGAUGGUGACAGUGAUCUGGAGAUUGUUGCAGAUUCUAUCCCUGUCCAUUUACGUUGUCCUAUGAGUGGUAUGAGAAUGAAGGUUGCCGGAAGAUUCAAGCCCUGUCUCCAUAUGGGAUGUUUUGAUCUUGGAGUGUUUGUGGAAAUGAAUGAACGAUCUAGGAAGUGGCAAUGCCCCAUUUGUCUUAAGAAUUACUCUCUUGAGAAUCUCAUAAUUGACCCAUAUUUCAAUCGCAUCACUUCUAAGAUGCAGAAUUGUGGAGAAGAUGUGACAGAGAUUGAGGUGAAACCUGAUGGCUCUUGGCGUGCAAAGGCAGAAAAUGGUAACAGGGACCUUGGAGAUCUCAGGCUGUGGCACUUCGCUGAUGGUACUCUCUGUGUCCCUGUGGAUGGAGAACUUAAAUCUAAAUCAGAAGCUUCUAAGGACAUCAAACAAGGUGUUUCAGAUGGUCAUGCUGGUUUAAAACUUGGAAUAAGAAAGAACCAGGAUGGUUUCUGGGAAGUCAGUAGACCUGAAGAUAUGCAUGCACUUUCUCCUGGUGACAGAUUAGAAAAGUUUGAGAACCAUGCUCUUAAUGUUAUCCCAAUGAGCAGUAGUGCAACUGGAAGUGGCAGGGAUGGGGAAGAUCCUAGUGUCAGUCAGGAUGGUGGUGGAAAUUUUGAUUUUUCAGCUCAUACUGGUAUAGAACUUGAUUCCAUAUCUCCAAACAUUGACCAAGUCUAUGAUUUAACCAACCAAAACACUGCAGUAGUAGGCAAUGCGAAAAUCAUUGUUCUCAGUGAUUCAGAAGAAGAGAAUGAUACUGUGAUUGCUGGAACUGUCUAUGAGAACAAUAAAACUGAAACCAAUGGGGUUGCAUUUUCAUUUCAUCCAUCGGGAAAUCCUGAUUCGGAUGCAGAAUUUCCUGCUAUUGGUACUGGUGGAGGUUCGUACCUGGGUCAUUUCACUCCUACUGAUGACGACUUUGGGAUGCCCCUCUGGCCUUCACCUCCAGGCAGUCAGGCAGGCCCAAGUUUCCAGUUAUUUGGAACAGAUGCAGAUGUCUCUGAUCCUUUAGUUGAUUUCCAGCAUGGUUCUGUUGACUGUGGCACAUCAAUGAAUAGACAUGGAUUGACUGCAGAGACAGGGAUGCAGAUGUCUCUUGGUCAUGAGUCUUCUGUUGAUCCUCCAAUUGCUGAUAUGAAUGAUGGUUUAAUUGAUAAUCCAUUGGUGUUCAGUGGAGAUGAUCCGUCUCUCCAAAUAUUUCUUCCUACAAGGCCUUCUGAUGCAUCAAUGCUACCUAAUUUGAGAGAUCAGCCUGAUGUGUCAAACUCUAUUCGCUCUGAGGAUUGGACUUGUUUGAGACUUGGGCGUGGCGGUAUUGGUACUCAUGGUGAAUCUGCAGUGGCAAAUGGAUUAAAUUCACGGCGGGAGUUACCAUCCAAGGAAGGGGCUAUGGAUACUUUGGCCAACACUGCUUCUUUGCUGCUUGGCAUGAAUGAGAAUAGACGUGGGAAGACAAACAGACAAAAAUCAGAUGGCCCUUUCUCAUUUCCCCGCCAGCCCCGUUCUGUAAGACCAAGAUUAUAUCUUUCCAUUGAUUCAGACUCUGAGUAGAUUAGUUAGACGCCGGUUGGUGGGACUAGUCUUUGCUGCCAUAAUGGAAAACUAAUGGAAACUCAAUUGAUCAACCCACCCCUUUAUGAAGAAUUCAAUUCCCUGAAUGUUUCAUCGUUAGUAGCAGUCUUUAUAAAUUGAAGAAAGCAUAUAGUUUUUCUUUUCUUUUGUCAUUUUUGAUUGCUGUUCAUAGUCUCAUUAGUGCCAAGGAACAUACAGCAGGACAACUUUAGCAAUGAACUGUUAUGCUGCUUAAGACAUGUGAUGGGGAGGUGAGGUGAGGGCAGGGCUUGGCUUGUAGAAAGCAUUACCAAUGAAGAUCUGCAGAUUCAUCCACAGAUCUUCGGGUGGUGGUUAUCCUGAAAUGUAAUAGAAAUUUACCUUUUGGUGAUCCUCCAUUUCAUGAUGGGAAAAUGGCUGGGAAACUUUUCGCCGCCAAAUUAAUUUAUAGAAAUAUAUAUAGAUAUGUGUAAAUAGAUAUGAUCUUGGAGACAGGUUCGCAGAUUAGCAGUCGCUCUGCAUAUUCCAUCUGCUAUAUCUUUUCUGCAGUUGUCCGUGGAGCAGUUUUUUAAAAGACAAGAGGUUUAGUUUAAGUUGCUUUCAAUCAUAAGGGUACAGUUAUAUGUGAUAAUAUGAAUGGUAUUAAUGUGUGCUUACAUCGCUGCGAAUGCGGGUAAUAAUAUGAUGAUGGGUGGUAGCCUGCCUUCUAACAUUA